AUGCCUUGUAUGCGUUUGGACAUAUCGAUUCUAUUUGCGACCCUUCAAUACGGUGGAUUUGUAAAUAUUAACUACAAAAAAGCCAUUUACGCAUCAUCGAUCUCGGGAACCAUCUUGUUAUUGAUCUCUGUUAUCUUCGACAUACUCAACAUCAAAGGCCAAGAGUAUAUCAUCCUUGCAAUAUUAGCAUCAUGGAUAAUUAUCUUUAUUUCAUGCUCGUUCUUCUUCGAACGACAAACCACACGAUAUCUCUUCAUUCUCGACCAAAUUGAAGAGAAUCCCGAGUCUUUCCAAGACUUAUGUGGCAAAAGAACAAUGUUUUCCAAUGUUGUCGUUGCCGGAUUCAGAUAUGCUCAUCCAUAUUGUCUUUCAUGGAAGAUGUACAAAGCAGGAAUCGAGCAUUGGCCGAAAGAUGUCCAAAUUUGGUUAUCAUUUGCCAAAUUUAUAGCUAUUUAUCCAGCAGAGACACAACAAUUGGACUGGGUUGCAGUAAGUAUUGUUCAGAACAAGCUAAAAGGAUCAUUAGCCAAACAUACUUUGCAACAAAUUAAUACAAUCAUCAGACAAAGAGAAGCCAACUUAAUUCCUGAACUGAAAACGAAACUAGAUAAGAUAGAAAAACAAGUUCAAGCAACAAAACACAAAGUUAGAUAUAUUUGGGAUUUAAUUAUCCAAGGAAAUGUCCAUGAAUUAGAAAGUGUUGUUCAUAGAGCAUAUAUAGCAAUAGAUAGUUGUGAAGCUGAAUUCCAACAUCUUAUAAGAAUGUUCCCUAAUUCUAGAUUCGUUGCAAGAGCAUAUUCCAGAUUUUUACGUGAUGUUGUUGCAGAUUUUACUGCUUAUAAUACAUGGCGUCAAAAUGUUUCUCUUUUGCAACGUGGUGUUUCAGUAAUUGCUGAUCAAACACAUGAGUUUGGAUUGAGAGCGUUUCCUUUAUUACCAAAAGUCAUUGAUUAUUCCGAUGAAGAUCAAGCAGCUGCAAAUCUAUUGACAGAAAACACAUUGACACAGGAAAUUGAUCCUGAUGACGAACACGUUGAAGCAGAUACUGAUUUAAGAAUGUCAGUAAGAAAAUCAAUCAAUGAAUUAUCAAUUCCUGCAUAUAGAACAGCAAGAAUAUUUAUUAUUGUUUUGUUUGUUGUUUUGUUUAUUAUUCCUGUUGUUGCUCUUGCAAUAUUUAUUCCUAAGAACAUCCAAUCAAUGACACAGCCUCUCAACUUCAUGGAAAAACUCUCAAGAAUAAGAGCAGAGAUAUUCCAAGUUGUUGCUUUGUCACAUCAUUAUGUUGCUGAGAAAGUAACUAAUCUCAAACCAUUACAAUUGUUUGAUGAAAAUCCGCUGUUAAUUUCGGAAGUUCUACUGAUAUUAGGACACAAUUAA